CAAGUGUGGACGGUAGAUGAGAUGGAUGAGCUGCUAGAUGCUGGGAGACUCUCGUUCGAGGAGAUGAAGAUCGUGGGAGAUGUUGCACUGGACAAGAAGGCCACUAUUCAUCCAGUCCUCCAAGUGCUCAUGCAGCGCCGAAGAGAGUCUUCCAAGCCCGGGCAGAGGAGCGAUGGCUUCAAGGUUGCUCUAGCCAUUGAAGGAGGAGGCAUGCGCGGGUGCGUGGCGGCGGGCAUGGCUGCGGCAGUGAAGGACGCUGGAUUCCAUGAUUGCUUCGACGCGGUCUACGGGUCGUCGGCGGGGUCGCUCAUCGGAGCCUACUGGAUCGCGAAUCAGUUCGGGAUGCCGCAGUACGGCUGCUCCUUGUACUACGACCUGCUGACCGACGAGCGGGCUAAGGAGAACUUCAUCGACCGCUCGCAGAUCCUCCCGCUCAUCGGGCUCAGGUGGCUGCGAUGGUUGAUGCCGAGGUCGAUCAAGGAGACGCUCGGGAUGAGGGCGCGGCGUCCGCUGCUCAACCUGCCGUACCUGCUGCAGACCUGCGUGGAGGAGCUGCGUCCUCUUGACUGGGAGGCGUUCAGCAGGAACGAGGCCUUGGUGCCUCUCAAGAUCGUCGCGAGUGACGUCAGCAAGCAGCGGGCGGUGGUCUUCGACCGGGAGCAUGGUCACUGGACCUCCCUGCGGGAGAUGACAAGGUGCAUGACAGCUAGCAUGAAUCUUCCUGCCAUCGCCGAGCCGCUUGUCACCCUCCCUGGGCUCGACUCGCUCCUCGCCGAUGCACAGCUGUACGAGCCCAUCCCGUUCAAGUCGGCGGUGGAGGAUGGGUUCACGCACGUGCUGGUGCUGCGGACGAGGCCAGACCAGCAGGAUGUGGUUCCGAAGAAGUCGAAGAUGGAGGAGAAGAUGAUGGAUCAUUUCUUCCUCCGCAGGUAUCAGCUCCCCCACAUCUACGACUACCUCGUCAACCAGGAGCACAAGAAGACGUACGCUAGGGACAUCCUUGCGCUCAACCACGCGGCCCACCACCCCCCAGAGGACACCCCCCAGCUCCUCGCCAUCGCUCUCGGCUCGAACAGCUCCGAGAUCGGAAGGUUGGAGUGCAGAAGGGAAGCAAUCUUCCAGGGGGUCUGCGACGGAUACCGCUCGGCAUGGCAGGCGCUGCAUCCUCCAGCUGCUGGAGUUGACCAUCGCAAUCCGGACGAGGCAGUGGCAGCAGCGUUUCCUCAUACGAUCGUAGAGGAGACUCCUCAGCUCACUCAGAGCUCCUGGAUUGAAUCCUUCAAGAGGCGAGCAAAUCAGCGCAAGGAAACAUAAGGAAACGAAACAUGCAGGAAUCUGUGUACUCGUUGUGACUAUAACUUCUCCUAUUGU